UUAUCUAACUGGCACGUGCAAAUGACAUACUGCACGGAGUAGGAAUCCACUGAGAUCACUUUCCUGCGUCCUUUGUCUCCUUUCCUUCCCGUAUUCUUCACUGAGGGCAGCAUGACCAAGCCCGGUUACACUACAGAUCAGCACCCAAGGAUCUUAGAGGGCAAUGAUUUCAAGGCGCUUGCGAAAUAUAUGAAGUCAGAUAGCUGUCGGAAUGUCUUCCUUAUGCUUGGGGCUGGUGUGAGUACAUCUGCCGGUAUACCGGACUUCAGAUCACCAGGUACAGGAUUAUACGCCAACCUCGCACGGCUGAAUCUUCCAUUCCCGGAGGCUGUAUUCGAGAUAGGGUUCUUUAAGAAUAAUCCGAUACCCUUCUAUACACUAGCCAAGGAACUGUACCCAGGGCGCUUCCGACCCACGCUCACGCACAGCUUUAUAACACUCCUCCAUUCGCAUUCCCUGUUGCAUACAUGUUUCACUCAGAACAUAGACACGCUCGAGCGGCGCGCAGGAGUGCCCGCGCAUAAGAUCAUCGAGGCACAUGGGAGCUUCGCCACCCAGCGGUGCAUUGAGUGCAAAACGCCCUUUGAUGCAGAGAAGAUAAAGAAGGCGGUGUUGAGCGAGGAAAUAGAGAUUCCGAGGUGUGAACGGAGGAGGUGCCGGGGCCUGGUGAAACCGGACAUUGUCUUCUUCGGUGAAGGGCUUCCCAAUCAGUUCCACGAGUCUAUCCGCAAUCUGCGAGAAGCGGAUUUAUUGAUUGUAUUAGGAACAUCGCUGACCGUGCACCCAUUUGCCUCUCUUGUGGACCUUGUGCCGAACGAUUGCCCCCGGGUGCUGAUUAAUCUCGAUGAAGUUGGUCACUUUAACAAGCCAGACGAUGUGUUAUUCCUCGGCAAAUGCGACGAUGUUGUGCGGGAGCUAUGCAAAGAACUAGGAUGGGAGGAAGAGCUUGAUGCCGCUUGGGAGAAGACGAAGGACAGCUUGGAAGCUGGUGAGCCAGAGCCAGAGCCAGAACCGGAGGAAUCAACAGAGGACGAGCAGGAUGAAGGACCUUCGUCGAAGAGCAAGGCCGGUGAUUUGGUAGAACCGGAAUCAGUCGAAGAGGACAAGACGAGUCCUGCAGAGUUCCCGACAGAGGAAAAGCUGUAGUACGUCGAAGUGACAGAGAUUAAGUAACCUAUUAUGCAGUUUAGGUUGUAUGUGGUUGUGUAUCAAUGUGUCAAACGUUGAAUAAAGUGUAUGUUGUGGGCAGAACUACUAGGGGUCGAUUAUGUUGUGCCGGGCACUGGCAGAAUAACCGGUACUGCCGCGUGGAAAAGGUCUGAAGGGAAAAUAUCAUUCUGCGAGCAUCAGAUCAUGAUGUCGAUCGAGAUGAUCAUCUUUGCACCUGAUCAAGCAUAUUCUUGUUUCACGACAAGGUGACAUACCAACU